AUGGGCGUCUGCGUUGACAGAACCUCCGACUGGCGCGCGGCUGUUCGCGCCCAGCGGCAGCGGAUCGGGCAGAGCACGCCGUCCGACGAGCUACUCCGGCGUCCGCGACCCGCCCGCGACGCAUUCUGCGCCGGCGCGCUCGAGGCUCACAGCAGGAUUGGCGAAAUGGUGCGGCGGCUGCGCGCCAGCCACGCCGCCUAUGUGCUGGACGACGGCCUGAACGGGCUCACCGAGGCGGAGCGGGACGCGCUCGAUGGUGAGGGCGAACGGGUACUCGGCUCGAGCCGCGAGGCCAUCGAGCGGCUCGCAAAGUCUCUCGCAAAGUCCGUCGGCGGCGGCGCGAGCGCGCGUGAGGCGGACUCUGGCGACGCCGUGGCAGGCGAGGCGGUCGAGACGCGCGGGGGCGAACGCGGCGGGCAGCCGCAGCAGCACCGGAAGGCGAUGCUCGACUCACUCAACGACGAGCUGCGGGAGCUAGGGAGGCGCCUGCUGCGCGAUGCCCAGCGCGCGAGCCGGCUCAAGCGAGCCAUGGAGGCGCUCGAGGGGCGGCUGAGCGCCGAUAUAAAGCCGCCUGCGCACCAGUUCAGCGAGGCUGGGAACAGGAGCGGCCUUCCGCCGGAGGAGUGGCGCGGCGCCGACGCGUCGAUGCUCGAGGUGUCGAGCCUGUCGCACAUGUUUGCGUCAAAGAUCGAGCAGCAGUCGCACCAGUCGACCUCCGAGAACCUCACCCUCGGCAACCGAUACAUCGACUCGGCCGCAAAGCACUCGCGCGACUUCCGGCUGCUCGUCCUCACCUUCCUGCUCGUCGCCUCGCUCUCCCUCAUCUUUUUGGACUGGUACUACCCUUGA